CCCAAUCCAAAAAAUCCAUUCUUAUUACUCUAACAUAAAAAAUAAGAAAUAAAAACUCUUCCGCAAUCCAUAGUCAGCCCGGCGGCGUAGCAUCGCCGGAGCCCUCUGCUCCGGUGACAAUUGUUUAAACAAUUUAAGGGCUCAAUGGAAAUGAUUCCACAGUGCGAUUCCAAGUGCCAAUCAACUCAAAUUCUGGACGAAGCUGCUGUAGACAUAUCAUACAGACACUCUGUUCGGAAAUCGUACGAUCCGCCGCAAUGUACAAAUGAUAGUUGUUGGAACACUGAACCAAGCAAAAUUUGUCCAGAGGGCCAAAAACUUAUUAAAGAUAGCUCAAUGGAUUAUGCGGAAAAGAUUAAGGAACUUCAUUUGUAUAUCGACAUGGUGAAGAAACUUACGAAACCCGGUUGUUCUUCGGAAAUACUGAACGUGGCUUUGAGCUCGAUGACCUCACUCGUCGAGACACUCUCUGCAGUAUCUUCCGUACGGUACAUGCAGUCGUCGCUUUGAGGCAAUUAAUGAACAGCCCCCCUUUGUAAGAAUAGUAAUUCUCUAUAGAUUGUAAAUUUAAUGCAACUUUUUUUCUCUGUGUUGUUUCUUUAUAAUACUAUUUGUGUAAUCUAAUAGAUGCUAUCUUCUUUUUCUUGUGUUAUCUUUUAUUACAUGUAUAGAAGUGGAAAUCGAACCUAUCGGAUCGAAAUUAGCAUUUCCAGAUAUCCUAAAACAUGGGAAAAAUCAGAAAUUGGAAUGAGAAUUCUUGUUUC